AUGUCUACAGUGCAAGAACAGACGUUGGCGGCGGGCCAUCAUGACCAUGCGACGGUACCACGGCCAAAGGGUAUCCUCAAGCAGUCGCCGGUGCCCAUAUCUACCAUCACACCAAGCGCAGACCCGGCUCUAAUGUCGCUAUCGCCGCUCGAGAACAAGGAACUUACAAUGCAGAACACAAUGCAAAAUGCCGGCGUCGGCGUCAAGCAACGGGCUCGUGCCUCUUCCCAUCGCAAAUCUACCAGUUCUAGAGCCUCCAACGGCGAUGAGGCGGCAGAGAAUUCACCCCGAUUGAAAUGGGACGAGGCGAACCUCUACCUCACCGAACAAGAGCGGAGUUCGACCAUGAAGAUCGAUGAGCCCAAGACACCAUAUGUGCCGCACUACGACUACAACGAAGAGAAUGACGACAUGGAUCUCGGAGAAGACGAUGUCGGGUUUCAUGCUGAAGGAGUGGUGGUGGAUGAGCUGGAUAUGAACAAGGCGAAGAGCAAGAGCAAGUCGAGGGCAGACGACAUACCUGAUCUCGAGCUUGGAGACCCAGAGGAAGACACGUGGAAGGACAUCAGAGCGAGCGAGGCGGAACGGAUCAUACGAGAGCGAAGUCUAAGCUUUGGAAGCACGGGCAGCAAGAAACGUGUUGUUGUUGGCGGCGACGACAAGGAUGAGCAUGAUCCGACGCAGGAGGAGGCGCAGAAACAUCAUGAUUUUGAAGAGAAGCGGAAGAAACAUUAUGAAAUGGGCAACAUCAAGAGUUUACUUGGACACCCUGAGAAGAUAGACGUCGAUGAAGAAGAUGACGACGAGGACGAUGACAAGGACGAGGCAUCUGCGGGUGCUCCGAGACAACCUCCGGCCGUCCCUAAGAUUCCCGAACAGUUCGCAAAGCAGUCGCACUAA